AUGUCGCACUUACAGAUGAAACUCCUGCGCAAGAAGAUGGAGAAGCGGAACAUCAAGCUGCGGCAGCGAAACCUGAAGCUGCAAGAAGCAUCAAACACGAGCCUAUCCCAACCUUCCAAUGAAGAUGUGCCGAAAGAAGAGGUAAAGGUCAGAAAAGUUAAGAAAGCCGUAAAGCAUGCUGCGAGGGUGGGCUCAGCAGAAGCACAAAGUGGAGGCAUGCCUGAAGAGACAGCGGAAAACUCGAAAGUUGAAAAGAUACCCCAGAAACCUACUGCUUUAACCAAUGGAGAAACAGCAGCAGCGCCAUCUCCUGAUUCAGAAUCAAAAAAGAAAAAGAAGAAAAAGAGGAAAAUGGCAAAUGACGCAGAGCCUGACACCAAAAAAGCAAAAACUGAAGAAAGCACUGUGGCUCUUGAAGCAGAAGAUGCUGUGGAGAAGCCAGAUGACAAGGAAGUCCCCAGCCUGCCCCUGGGGCUGACAGGGGCUUUUGAGGACACUUCGUUUGCUUCCUUGUCUAAUCUCGUCAAUGAAAACACUCUGAAGGCUAUAGAGGAAAUGGGCUUCAAGCGCAUGAUUGAGAUCCAACAUAAAAGUAUCAGGCCACUUCUGGAAGGCAGGGAUCUUCUAGCAGCUGCUAAAACCGGCAGUGGCAAAACUCUGGCUUUCUUCAUCCCUGUGUUCGAGCUCAUUGUGAAGUUAAAGUUUAUGCCCAGGAAUGGAACAGGAGUCCUGAUUUUCUCUCCUACCAGAGAACUGGCCAUGCAGACCUUUGGUGUUCUUAAGGAACUGAUGACGCACCAUGUUCACACAUACGGGCUGAUCAUGGGUGGCAGUAACAGGUCUGCUGAAGCGCAGAAGCUCACCAAUGGUAUCAACAUUGUCGUGGCCACCCCCGGCCGGCUUCUAGACCACAUGCAGAAUACUCCAGGGUUCAUGUACAAGAACCUUCAGUGUCUCGUUAUUGAUGAGGCUGAUCGUAUCUUGGAUGUUGGAUUUGAAGAAGAAUUAAAGCAAAUUAUUAAACUUUUGCCAGUACGCAGGCAAACCAUGCUCUUUUCUGCCACACAAACUCGAAAAGUUGAAGACUUGGCAAGAAUUUCUCUGAAAAAAGAGCCAUUGUAUGUGGGUGUUGAUGAUGAUAAAGAGGUUGCCACAGUGGAUGGACUUGAGCAGGGAUAUGUUGUGUGUCCCUCUGAGAAGAGGUUCCUUCUGCUCUUCACAUUCCUUAAGAAGAACCGGAAGAAGAAAGUGAUGGUCUUCUUUUCGUCGUGUAUGUCUGUGAAGUACCACUACGAGCUACUGAACUACAUCGACCUGCCUGUCUUGGCCAUCCAUGGAAGGCAAAAGCAAAAUAAGCGAACAACCACGUUCUUCCAAUUCUGCAACGCAGAUUCAGGGAUACUGCUGUGCACAGAUGUGGCAGCCAGAGGGCUGGACAUCCCUGAAGUUGACUGGAUUGUUCAGUAUGACCCUCCCGAUGACCCGAAGGAAUACAUUCAUCGUGUGGGUAGAACGGCUCGGGGCCUGAACGGAAGAGGGCAUGCCCUGCUCAUCCUGCGCCCUGAAGAGUUGGGUUUCCUUCGUUACUUGAAGCAAUCCAAGGUUCCACUGAAUCAGUUCGACUUUUCCUGGUCUAAAGUUUCUGAUAUUCAGUCUCAGCUGGAAAAGCUGAUCGAAAAGAACUAUUUUCUCCAUAAUUCCGCGCAGGAAGCAUACAAGUCCUACAUACGAGCCUACGACUCCCACUCUCUCAAGCAGAUCUUUGAUGUGAACAACUUAAACUUGCCUCAGGUGGCUCUGUCCUUCGUCUUUAAGGUUCCUCCCUUCGUUGAUCUGAACGUGAGCAGCCAUGAUGGCAAGCUUAAAAAAAGAAGAGGUGGCGGUGGAUUUGGCUACCAGAAAACAAAGAAAGUGGAGAAGUCCAAGAUCUUUAAACACAUCAGCAAGAAGACAGCGGACCGCAGGCAGUUUUCUCACAGACAGGAAUGGCUUUCUACCUGGACUUUGCCCUAA